CGCCGUAGGUGGUUACGAUGUGGAUUAUAACGCAUGUGGAUAUAUUAUAUCUUCGCGUACUCGUCGCAACGUAAAACGAUGGAUCGGAAAAAGUCGGGCAUAUUGGACCACCGGAUAAAUCGAACCGACCGAACUGAGGGAAGUGCGUCGCUCGUCCGACGAUUUUCCGAAUGGAGCGCGGUUCAAUUUACCCGGUGGUCCAAUAUACCCUACUUUCCCGUACAUGCGAGUAUCAUGUACGCGAUGGUUGCAGGAAUCAUGGCGGGGGAAAUCUGAGAGUUUUAACUCCGAGAGACCAGCCGAACAAAAAGAGAGGGACUGAAAAAAGAUGAGGAGAGAGAGAGAGAGAGAGAGAGAGAGACGUGAAAAGAAAAAGGAGGGGGAAGUCUUAUGAAUUUUUCGCUCGAGGCCAGUUUGCAAUGGUGCCGCGCUACCAACCAGUCGAAGACUCUACCACCUCUGAGACAAACGACGAUCAGUGAAACUCCGGAUGGACGUUGUUGUAUCUAGUGUGUAACUACGUUUGAUUAAUAAAAUUGUCGAAGCCGUCAAAAAUGUCAGAUUUCAUUGACUCCACUCUGUAGUUUUAGUGUACGAGUAUUAAAUGAAUCGAAAAAUCCCCUACAUGUAAUAUACGCAUGCACAAAUAUACGCAUAAGUACAUCGCGGUGUGUUAAAGGUGUCUGUGACUCACGAUCAGUGCCCGGGAGUUUUUUUUUGUUCUUUUUCUUAUCUUACUGUUCUGUUGUUCUUAUUGUCUCGUUGUUGUUUUUGUUUUCGUUUUUUUAUUAUUUAUGGUUCUUCGUUCGUUGGUCCAGAAAACAAAAAUAUACUGUACGGAGAUCGUUGUAUCGUUAUUAACGUACACCGUGGGAUGCAGUUGAAAUUCAGAUACAUCUGUAACUGCAGCACCGAAAGGACGUGCAGAGAUUAAAUUCGGACCCAUGCGGGGGUACGGAGGGGAAUUUCUUAAUUUUGAAAUCGAAGAAGCGCGGUUGUACGGAAAAUUGGAGGAUCGUUGCUGACGCGCGAGGGAAAAUUGUGAGACGAAAGUACGAAGAGAAAGAGAAAUAGGGAGAAAAAAAAAAGAGGAGAGUUUCAACGAGAUUUCAUAAAUAAAUAAAAUCGCAUCGCGGGAAGAAUGAAGGGUCUGCAAAUUUAUUUUCUUUUGUUACUGGGUGUGGCGGUAUUCGAAUACGUCAGAGCUCACGUAGCUCUGACUUUUCCACGUGCUAGAAAAUACGACCUGGACUUCCUCGAUAACGCGAGAACACCGGGACCAUGCGGUAUGCCGAGAGGUGACAUCAGAACGUCCUUUCUCAGUGGAAGCAGUUUCAACAUAACGUGGCAUUUGGCGUACCCGCACAGGGGGGGUUUCAAACUUCAAAUUUUGGACGCCCUCGACAGGCCUCUGAUCGACCUUACCCCGGUCACGGCGCAAAGUGAAUUCGUCGAGGACGAUGCCACGGCUCAAUCCUUCCCGGUCAGUCUGCCGGAUAAUUUCACCUGCAAAGAAUGUACGAUCAGACUUCUUCGCGAGGCUGAAGAAUGGGGUUCCGCAUACAGGUUUUGGUCUUGUGCGGACAUCGACAUACUGGAGAGAAAAGUAUUCAGAGAAGAUUGCAGUAAACACGGUAAAUAUUUACUCGGAAGAUGCAGAUGCGAUAGAUUUUACCACGGUGCGAGAUGCCAAUUCAAGGAGGAAUGUCUCGACGAUUCCGAUUGCGGAACUCAGGGCGUUUGCGUUGACACCAAGGCGACAACGGCGCCGAGGAAACAAUGCUACUGUAACAUCGGAUGGUUCGGUCCAGGGUGUAACAAAAAAUCGCCCGUGAAGAGUGUGGACAUCGAUUUCGACGCUUACACGUCGAAGAACUUAUCGGACAGCUUCAAAUUGUACUGGAGAAUUCUGAAGGACAGUAAGGAAUUGGAAGCGGUGAUGGUUGUGAACGGGACUUCGUGGGUGGGACUCGGAUGGAGACCGAACACUCUGACCCCGGCCUGCCGAGCUUUCCCCGAACUCAGAGAUCUCCCCGGGGAACCUCUGCCAAAACCGGAACCAAAGUCCGAACCGGAACCGGAAGCUUCCGCGGAGCCGAUCGGCAAGGCGGAACCCGAACCCCACGCUGAAUCGAAGGCGGAACCGACCUCGGAACCGAAUUCUCAGGCUGAACCGAAAGCUGAACCAAAAUCCGAACCAGAACCCACAACGGAACCGGAACCUGGUGCUGAACCUACUUCUGAACCGGAACCAAGUGCUGAACCCGUUUCGAAACCCGAACCUGGAACCGCGGAACCAGAACCUUCGAAAUCAGGGGCUAAGAGAAGGUCUCCCAAGGCCUACGGAAGUGGAGUGACUCCGCCCGACGACGAUGUCAUGGUGCAAACGAGUGUCACGUAUCAAGUGAGCACCAAGCAAGGAAGACGAAAAAGAGCAACGGAAGAAGCGGCACCCGAACCAACCGGGGAGCCCAGCGGCGCUGCUACUCAGAUAAUCCCUGAACCUGAACCAAAAAUAUCCACACCUAAUCCAGAGCCAGGUUCAGAGUCGGCAAAAAAUAUGACACUGACAAGACAAUCCAUAUCUAAUGGAGAACCCCGAGCAAAAUCAAAUCCUGAACCACACGCGGAACCAAAAUCCGAACCCGUGUCUGAACCCACAGCGGAACCAAAAUCCGAACCCGUGUCUGAACCCACAGCGGAACCAAAAUCCGAACCAAGCGCUGAACCAAAAUCUGAACCAAGCGCUGAACCAAAAUCCAAACCAAGCGCUGAACCAAAAUCUGAACCAAAAUCAGAGCCAAACGCUGAACCAAAAUCCGAACCAAACGCUGAACCAAAAUCCGAACCAAACGCUGAACCAAAAUCAGAGCCAAACGCUGAACCAAAAUCAGAGCCAAAUGCUGAACCAAAAUCUGAACCCGUCUCUGAGCCAAGUGCUGAACCCAAUCCCGAACCAAAUGACUCGCCUUAUCCCGUACCUGAAUCCGAACCAAAAGCUGAGCCAAGUUCGAAUGGCGAUGUGGAACCCAUCACGAAAUCAGGAGCGACAAAAGCCCCGACGGCGUCUCCGACCCACAAGUACACUCCGAAGCACGACUUCAAUCCGAUGGAUUGCACGGAUAUCGUGAUCGGUAGUGCCCGAGGAAUGACGCAUCGUAUCGGCGAUUAUUACACGCGGGAUCGUUCGACUCCACGUCCGGAUUCAUUCUGGGGUGGAAGCGACGGUUUAACGGCGGCCAUGGGUUUCGAAAAAGACGGAAUAACGACGAUAGCGUUCAGGAGAAAACUGGAAACGAACGAGAUGUCCGACCAUCGUAUAGUCGACGCGGCGAUGCACGUGAUAUGGGCGAAGGGUCAGGAGCCGGGAAAAUUCGUUCACGAUCCGCCGAGCGGCAUCGAGAAGAGCAAGGCGUCCGUCAAAAACUUUUACAAACCCGACGAGCUCAAGUAUCACGGGCAUCACUCUCAACGAGGAGUAUCAAGCUUGAAUUUCUUCGACGAGAACAAGAAGGAAUCCGGAGGUCAUAUUCCUUUGGAAGGAGGUGUCUGCGGCGGAGAAUGGCGUUAUCCGCGACAUUGUUCAUUGGAGAACGGCACGUGCGAAUACGCCGCGCGUUGGGUAUACAAGGCUAAAAAGGACGAACUCGCGUUUACCGUAGUCACUUCGAACACCGACACCUGGACCGGAAUAGGUUUCUCCGAUGACAUGAGCAUGUCCCAGACAGACGCCAUCUUGGGAUGGGUGGACAAAGGGACUGGGCGAGCUUUUAUGAUGGACACUUGGAUAAACGGUUAUCAACCCCCGAUGCUGGACUCGUCUCAAGACGUUGGUAACACGAGUGGAAGCAUUCAAGAUGGUUUUACCACGCUCAAUUUCUCGAGGAAGAGAGUGACCAAGGAUAACAAGGAUAUUUCGAUCACCGACGACCACUGCGUCUACAUGAUGUUCCCCGUUAAGGGUGGCGAGUUUAACGCGGUUAAUAAAAAAAUAAAGAAGCACGCGAUCGUCCCGCUGAUAUCGAGCGACAGAAUUUGCAUCAGGUCAUGCGGUGACGAAGUUGACGAGGACGCCCCGACGACUCCUGCACCCCCGAGGUUCAUCUACGACUUUGAAGUAAAACUUACGAACUUGGGUGCCGGAUUUCAAGCUCCCGAACCCAACACCCCAGAGUUUGAAACAAUCUCUAAUACGAUCGCUGACAGUUUCGGACCUUCCUUGAGCAAAGUUCCCGGUUACUACGGUGUCAAAUUGAACGAGCUGGAAAGGACCAACGCCGAGUCUGUUGUAGCAAAAAUGAAUCUAAUCUUGGACAAAAACGAAUCCAAGGGGAGAGCUUUGAGGCCCGAGGAUACCGAAGCUAUGGCCAGGGGAGCCCUCAAGGAAACCCUCAGCACUGGACAAGUCGGUUCCCUAAGGGUUGACCCGCAAUACCUUGUCUUCAAGUCACCGCAGAUCAACGACAUCACUGACGAGGAUGGAGAUUCGGGGCCGAGUGCCACGGGGAUUUUCUUGAGUUCGACGAAGCUUUACAUCGUCGUUGGUUGUGUCGCUGCUCUGGUAGCGUUGGCUCUGCUCCAAGCGACUUGCACUCUUUAUCGAUCCAGAAAACGCACAUCUAAGGAUCAACUGAUUACGACGAACAACGCGUGGAAGGAUUACAAUUCCGGGGCGAACACCAACUUUGCAUUCGAAGCUUUUGAAACCGAGGAAAAAGCACCGCCGCCGGUUUCGAGUUUACCGAGGCCACGUGAAGCUACAGCUAUUGGCCAGGAAUCGAGGAAUCCUCACCAGCAACAAAUCGGAGGACCUCGAGCAACUUACAGUCUACCGAGGGCCCCGGGCCCUAGGCAACCGCCCCCUCCUCAACCUGGCUAUUACACUCAGGACCGCAGAAAUCAAAGGUACAAAGGGCCAAACGCGUCGGGGCCCCAACAACCGGACUUUUAUUUUAUGCCUAGCCAACGAAAAUACAGCGGAGAAGUCGUACGCGUUUACGUUGAUUACGGUAAUCAGCCCAAGUGAGCUAGAAUUAUAUAUUAGAAGGCCCAGUACUAAUUUAAUGUUAUAUACAUACAUAUGUAUAUUAUAAAUAUUAUAUUAUACGUUAAUGUUAUCUAGUUUAUUUUCCAUGUAUGAUAUGAAUAGACGAGUGAAUUAUAUUAUUAUUUUUUUUUUGGUCUUUUUUCACUUCCUUUUUUUUUUUGUUCGAUAAAACAUCUCUGUCGAGGACGAUUGAAUACAUCGAAAAUAAAUUACGUCAUUCAAAUUCAAAAUCAAACGCGUAUACAAGAUGUUCAAAAGUUUAUGUACAUAUUGUUGAAGAAAAAGAAAAAAAAAAAAAAAACAAGAAAUCAAGAUGAAAUGGAAUCGUUGCCUACGUGUUUUGUUUUGUCUUUUUUUUUUUCACUUGCUUACAAUGCACACAGAUUGACAUGUGAAUUCAUUCACGUUCGUUACGUGUAUGUAAUCAAUUGAUCAUAUGGCGGACUGUUUGCUUUCUCAUCAUCAAUAAUCAUUGUUUGAAUUACAUAAUUAUACAUAGAUUCUGUAGUUAGUAAAGUGUGUUGCUUUUCUCCAUAUUCUUUUGUCGUUUUUCCAAAAUUGUCUCUAUCUCAUUAUUGUUAUCGUUAUUAUUAUUACUAAAAAUCUAGAUCGAUCGACAAUUAUUCAUCGCACAUAAUAUAUACGUACGUUAUCACAUGUGUUAUACAUAAUUUACACACCAAUAUACAACGAAAAUCCCUCACGAUAUUAUUCAAAGCAAACAACGCUGCACGGCAUGUACAUUAAGCUUAAAUAAUUACUUUAAUCACCAUUAUGAUUAUGAUUAUUAUUAUUGUUGUUAUUAUUAUUAAUAUUAUUAAACGAGGAUACGUGCUAUUUAUAUACGUAAGUUACCUUAAAUCGUAGUACCGAAAUUAAUGGAAAUAAUUAUAUAUAUAUAUUUUAUUGUAAGUAAAUGAAUAUGCUUAUAUUGUAGUAUAUUAUGUGAAAGAGCAGAGGAACGAAGGUUAAAAACAAAAAAAAAAAAACCGUAAUUAUACGUGUGUAAUAAAGUAUUUGUUUAAUUUUGUAACGCAAA